CAGCACUGUCCUAUUGCAACAGGAGGGAGGAGGAUAUACAGAGGUUACUUAAAAGCCCCCAACUUUUUUCCAGGCUUCUAUUGCACUUCAGAAAUUCUGCAAGGGAGAAGGGACAAAAAAAGACUAUCUGAAAAUAAGGAUGUCUGAAACAACGAGCACCAACGAGGAAAAGAAGAAACCUCCUCUGAAUGGAAGAAGAGCCAUCCCAUCAAACAACUCCAAUGAUGAAGAAAAUGAGGUCCCUGAGAUGGAGGCUUUUGGAUUGAUACCUAGAGGAUUUAAUCCAAAAGACUACCUGCGUGUUGUGGACAUUCAUAUGUUCAAGGAGCCCCAUGAGAUCAACAAACAGCAGCACCACACCGACAAGUACUACAGCCCCAAGCUGAUAGUGCGUCGGGGACAGAUUUUCCAAAUCCAGAUUGACUUCAACCGACCCUACAGGCCAGAGACAGACCAAUUCUGGCUGGAGUAUUUGAUAGGUCGCUACCCACAGCAAAACAAAGGCACCUACAUCCCGAUCCUAGUAGGUAAGGUGCUGAAACCUGGGGAGUGGGGAGCCAAGAUUACCCACAACGAGAACAACUCCGUUCAACUGUCCAUCAUGUCCUCUGCCACCUGCGUUGUUGGGAAGUUUCGCUUGUAUGUUGCUGUCUGGACUCCCUUUGGCAUCAUCCGGACACAAAGAAACUCAGCAACUGACACUUACAUCCUGUUCAACCCCUGGUGCCAGCAGGAUGCCGUGUAUCUGGAUGAUGAGAAGGAAAGGGAAGAAUACGUCCUCAAUGAUGUUGGUAUUGUUUUCCAUGGAAACAUCAACGACAUAAAGUUAAGAAGCUGGAGUUACGGUCAGUUUGAAGAAAACAUUCUGGAUGCUUGCCUGUUCCUGAUGGACAAGGCAGAACUGGAGCUCUCUGGGCGCGGAAACCCGAUCAAAAUCUGCCGUGUUGCUUCUGCAGUGAUCAACUCCAGGGAUGAUAAUGGUGUGAUUGCUGGAUCCUGGGACAAUACAUACACUUAUGGUGUAGCACCUUCAGCCUGGACAGGAAGCGUGGAUAUUCUCUUGGAGUAUUACAGUUCUAAGCAACCUGUGCGGUACGGCCAGUGUUGGGUCUUUGCUGGUGUCUUCAACACAUUUCUGAGGUGCUUGGGGAUACCUGCAAGACUCAUUACCAACUAUUGUUCUGCCCAUGAUAACAAUGCCAAUUUACAGUUAGACUUCUUUCUGGAUGAUGAAGGGAAACUGGACACCAAACUGACAAAAGACUCCGUCUGGAACUAUCAUUGCUGGAAUGAAGCUUGGAUGACCAGACCUGAUCUUCCUGUUGGUUUUGGAGGAUGGCAGGUUGUUGAUGGAACACCCCAAGAAACCAGUGAUGGUAUGUACAGGUGUGGUCCAGCCUCAGUUCAAGCCAUUAAACAUGGUCACGUUUGCUUCCAAUUUGAUGCUCCUUUUGUCUAUGCUGAGGUGAAUAGUGAUAUUGUUUUCUCAAGAAGGCAGAAAAAUGGAAUCCAAGUGAUAGAAAAAAUUGACACAACCCAUGUUGGGCAGUUGAUUGUGACCAAGGAAGUUGGGGGUGAUGGAAUGAUGGAGAUUACCGAGGACUACAAGUUCCAAGAAGGCUCAGAGGAGGAGAGACUGGCUCUUGAGACUGCUGUGAUGUAUGGCGUUAAAAAGCAAAGUACCCAAGACGUGUAUCAGCCACAAACAGAUGUUGACAUGGACUUCCAAGUGCAAAAGGCAGUCCUUGGCAGUGACUUUAAAGUCACUAUAACUUUCAGGAACAGAAGUCGCAACUACUAUACUGCUACUGCCUACCUUUCAGGCAACAUAGUGUUUUAUACAGGAGUUGCAAAAAGUGAAUUCAAGAAACACUCUUUCAGUGCAAAACUGGAACCCUCUUCAUCUAGUGCCUUUGAUGUUGUGAUCAAAGCAAGCGAGUACCUGAGUGACCUGCUGGACCAAGCCUCCUUUCAUUUCUUUGUGACGGCACAAAUCAAUGAAACAGGGAAGAUUCUGGCCAUGCAGAAGGCGACAGUCCUGGAAAUUCCUGCCCUGCGGAUCAAGACCCAAGGUGAGCUGGUAGCUGGUAAAGUAAUGUCUGUGACUGUGGAAUUCACCAAUCCUCUGAAACAAACCCUGGAGAAUGUCACUCUUCGCCUCGAGGGACCUGGCGUGCUGAGAACGAUGAAAAAGGAGUUCAGGCAAAUCCCAGCGAACUCUACCUUGGUCUGGGAAGUAAAAUCCAUCCCAAGACAACCAGGGUUACGAAAACUGAUUGCAAGCCUGGAUUCUAAUGCUUUGAGGCAUGUGUAUGGUGAGCUGAACAUCCAGAUUCAGAAACCUUGAACCAGGGUGCUGCCUUCAUCUCUCAUUUAGCUAUAUUUCAAAAUAUCAUGAGGAGGGAGGGAAGGGGAAGAGGUGGAAAUCUGCUUAUUGUUAUUUUGGUCAUCCUUCUGCUGAACAAAAAUUUUAUAAAGAAAACUAAUUGGUAAGACCGGGGAGAGCAUGAAAAAGCACCUGAAUGAUUUAAAAUUAGAUACAUGUAAUUAAAGGAAAUUCUAGGCCAUAUUAUUCCUAUAGUUCAGUUGUAUUUAUCGUCUUUUGCAUUAGCACUGCAAGGGAAUCUGAAAAGCUCCAUUCACCAAAGUAGUCUGAAGUUUAGUUUUAAUUAAGGCCUGAUAUUUUACUGAAAAAGAACCCAGAGUUAGAAAUUCUUAGACUGAAUUACACAACCCUAUGGUAGAUCAUUCAGGCUGCAAUAAAAACAGGUAUUUCUAGCUAAAGGGACUGCUUUAUCUUACGAUGUUAUAAUUUGCCAGUUCAUUGAGAGCUCACUUUGUUGGAAGCAUCUCUCAGGAUGUGUUAUCUCCAGAAUACUCCCAGCUCCCUUUUUCCUCUUGCUGCUUCCUUCUGCCUUUCUCCUAUUCUUUCAUGUGUGCAGACACCCACACAUACUCACUCCUGUAUUUCAUGCCCUCAUCCCACCCCGUAUGCUGUUGAUAUGCUGUUCCUCUCUUUUGCUUGAUGAAAAUCCAGAGUUUUUCAUGCUCCUGCUCAGUUCUUCACACCAAACUUGCAUUUCCCAGGCACAUCUCUUAUAUGUGACGUAUUCAUUCUUCAUGCUUUCCUGCCUUUUCUUCUCUCCUGAACCCACCCUGUAGCACCAUUUCCCACACAUGUAUGCUGCCCAGAGCAGUCCAGGCUCUGCCAGCUGGUAAAUGGGGUGGAGAAGAGUGAUGGGGACAGCCUGAGGGUCUCCUCCUGCCAGCCCCAGAAGCCUAGCAAAUAUCCUGCACUGGAGCUGGGGGUGAGUUUAGAUGAGACACCUGGGGAUGAGUAUAGAUUAAACCAUGCCUGAAAGUUCCCGGGAAUCACUGCUACUGCAGAAUGAACUCCUGUUAUAUGAGGAAUAUCCAGGGACAGAAGCUCAGAAAUAAAGAUGUAUCCUGAGUCAUAAUCUUAACAAGCUGGAUCUACUUCCUGUCUUCCUUGCAGCAUAUUCCUCUGUGAGGUGUAGGGCCUCCCAAGGCAUUGCUCCUCCACUGAGGACCUUCUGGUUUCCAUUAGUCUUCCAUGCAGAGUACCGCUCCAUCCUAAGCCAUGUACCCCAUUAUACGAGGGCAGCACGGGGGGGUGUGUUCAUUUCUCAUCUCCCAUGAAAUCCUUGAGAUCUUUUUCCAUGAGGCAAAGAUGCACAUGUCACAAGCUGUGGCAACUCCUCUCUGUGUCAGAGCAUGUCCUGUACUAACAGCACAGGUGAGCUAACUGAGCUUCCAAAGUAGCUAUAAGGAGCCUCAUGCUCAUUAAACAUUGGGGCUUUAUUGUACUGUGGAUGGCUGUGUCAUUUUGUAGUCUCAUUAGUAAGAAAGCAAGGGAGAUUACUUGCUUUCUGCUCCUCUUCUUGCCCCACAUAGCCUCCCACAAAACCUGUGAUCAGCUGUUAAAAAUAAACAAGCCCUGGAAGGGGAGAAAUGCAGGCUGCUCUUUUGAUAAAGAAUGUGGAACAAAGCAAAGAUUCAUAUCACCUCAUAUGCUCGAUGAGUACCCCUGCAUCCAGGAACACCAGACCUUUAGGCGCUUUCACUUAAGGCAUCAGCACACACUCAUUUUGUACAGCUUAUGUGCCUACAUUAGAAACUUCAAUGUCAAAGUCUCCCAUAUAAGUCCUCUGGGAUUCAAGGAACUGAACAGCGUGUUGUAAAUGCAAGGUGACAAUCUCUGUUAAGUAAUUAAGCAGUCCUACCAGAGUCUACAUCUUCUUAAUAAAAUUAUCUUCUUGUUUUGUUCUUGCAUAUAAGCCUGCUUUCCAUUCCAGACUUAUAACUACAGUGUAAUAAGAUCUUGAAAUAAAGCAUGUGUGCACUUGUAUGUUA